CUUUAGCCGAUGGGGGGGGGGGGCACGUGCCCCCCAUGCCCGUCGUAGUUACGCCACUGAACAUGGCAAAUAGUGUGAUAGAUUGGAUCGAUCUGUGUCACCUUCAUCCAGUGUGUCUGUGGCAGCAUGUGUAAUACAACUCGCCACUGAAACAAAGUCUUCCGAGGUGUGUGUGUGUUUUUUUCAGGUUCUAUUUUCAAUUGACGAUACGAACGACGGGACAGGAGAGCGAUACAUCUUCACAUGGUGUGACGUAUAUCCUCUAUGGGGAUUGGCUGGAUAACUUUGCCCAGAUUCGAAAGAAUGCCCAGCACUGGACUUGGGUGGUUGCUAAAAAUCGGCUAAAAAUCAAGAUGAGAAGAACAACACUGCAUGCAGGAAUAAAUGUCGUUCUUGUGGUAUUUCUGGCUGCGGCAAGUUUUUACUUGGGAUGGCAUUCAGGUGCUGACUCGAAUAGAAAGGUACCAAACCUGCGCUACGUAAGCCAACCUUCAACAAGACCGACGACAGCACUUCUCAUCAAAUCACCACGGCGGAAUAGUACGUCUAAAGAGCACUUGCAAACGGUGAAGCCCACUUCAUCCCAAUCUAGGGAAACACCAAGACCUUGGGUGAUACUAGCAACCACUAAUCAAGCCUUCUUGGAUUUCACGGAGAACUGGCUCGAGAGUUUGAAGCGAAGCAACAUCACUGACCAUGUGACUAUAAUAGCUGAAGACAACGCAACGCGUCAAGCCCUCGCCAAUCGGAAGGAUAUCAAACUUGAAAUAUUGCUGACGGAUAAUGCGAAUCUCCCUUCCAAAUUCCUAUCCUUCGGGUCUCGCGAUUACAUCCGACUGGUUAACAAAAGACCAAGCUACAUCCUGUCUUACCUAGAAAAAGGCGUAGAUGUCCUCUUUUCUGAUGUAGAUACAGUUUGGCUGAAGAACCCUUUGUCAUUCUUCACGGGCGACUACGAUUUGUAUAUCGGAAGGGAUAUAUACGAUAACCCAAAGGCACCAGACGUGGCGUGCGCAGGGUUCGUAUACUAUUCCGCCACGAACGCUACCAUUGAUCUGCUCUUAAAAUGGAUUCGUAGCAUUCACGAUAGGCCAGGAGUACCUGACCAAGAACUCCUGAAUCAUUGGUUACGUAACCAUGCCACUCGCCAGACGCUCAAUGUCAAGUAUCUGGAUCAAAGACAGUUCCCAAACGGAAAUGAUUAUUUCAACGCAAAAUGGAGGAUGAAAAACGCCGACGUCGAACCUAUCGUGGUUCAUAACAAUUGGAUUAAAGGACACGAUGUCAAGAUAAAACGGUUUAAGAAUGUUAGCUUAUGGUAUUUAUGAUGUGAAGAAAUGCAGGUUUCGAAACAGCAUCGUGUAUUCAUGGAGUAUUCAAAGAAAAAAGAAUUAUUGGUGUAGUUUAUGUAUUUAAUCCGGGUUGACACAUUAAUUAGAAGAAGGGUUUAGAAGACUAGUGAAGGCAUGAUGGGAUGUGGUAAAUAAACUCAAUUUUGUCAAGAAGAGAAUCACGCCAAAAAGGCAUACAACAGGGACUUAUCAAGGAUUUUAUAGAAGUGGGCAAGUUGUUGGCAAAAUAAUGCACUUGUCAAGGAGGAGGGAGAGGAUGGGGCCGG